AUGGCUCCCUUCGAGGCUCCAGAGUGGUACCUUCAGAGGACUAAAAACGAUCUUUGGAGUGAGACUGUUCCCAUAGAUAUGAGUAAUGUCAAAACACAAUUGUGGGGGCGGUACUGGAAUCGAUUCAAUACCUUUGCAAUUCCAAUCAUGGAUGUGAACAAAUAUUUCGAAACCGCAAUGGCCAUCGCCAAGACAUCCAGAGAUGAGAAGGACUUUGAGAGACAGUUUGAUAAAAUAAACAAGCAACGGCAGGAAAUACUCCUUAAGACGAUGAAGACUCUUAUGAAGGAAAUUACCGAUCGAGGGAAAAUGAUCUUUCCAUGCGAAGAUGCUGAGGACAUAGCCCACGCUGCUUGCCGGACUGGCUGUUUCGACUAUUUUAUCCGGCUGCUAAACGGCAGCGUCACUGGCUGGGUAAAGGAAUUAUCAGAGCCCAGUGCAGAGAAUGAGGCUCAUCUAGGUGAUGAUACCCUCCAGGACGGCAGCAAGGCUACGCAGAACCCCAAUGAAGAAGAGCUGAAGGAUCAUAUCAAAUCGACUAAAAAUGCUGGUGAAGGGGAGUCAGAAGAUGCCAAGAAAACCAAGGACCCCGUUGAAGAAGAGACGCAGAAUCCUGCAGAAGAGGACACAAAGGAUCGUGUGGAAGAAUCUCAGAACCUUGCUCCAGAGGAAACGCAAAACCUUAUUCCAAAGGUGAUAGAGGAUACUGAGGAAGAUAUGCCACACAUGGAUAGCCAUGGCGUUUCAGCUAAUAAGCCUUCGGACUGGGACUGGGAAGCUGACGUUCCUUGGUACUGUGGGUCUCAGUGGCCUGAUAUUGAAUGGGGUUAUUACGAAAUAGAGGCCGAGAGAAACAGGAUGAGGAUAGAAAGAUUGAGGGAGGAAAAAUUGAGGGAGAGUACUGUAUUUUCAGGCACCUACGCCGAAUACAUGGCGUCAAAGUCAAACGACACGGCCCACGAAACUUUCAAUCCCGACAAAAGCCAAUAUCCUUCAGCAGAGCGACUCAAGACACUCAAAUCAGGCGACGCACCUAUCUCGAAUAAGGAAGACAAGCAUAGUGGAGCGCAAGGUGCACUGAGAAAGCAUCUGAGUGGUCCAUCUGGUACUAGAAGCUCUACUCGGGCCAAGAAAAGGGUACGAUUCGAUGAUGAUAUUGAUAGUGAUACCAUCAAUCAUGAACCCAAGAGGCAAAAGGUAGAGAACUCUGCUACCGCCACUUCAACACACCAAACUUCUCCUUUAAGCCAACAAACCUCAUGUGCAAGCGCUUCCCUAAAGAGAGCCAGGCCUGAUGAUGAUGAGGAUGAUGGAGACAAUGGAUUCAAACGCCAAAAGGUAGAGAGCUUAUCCUCGACUCCAACGUCUCAAGUCACAUCCAUCGGAUCCGCAGAAGACCACUCAGCAAAUAAUCCAACGUCGGAAAAUCUGUCUAAAACCGCAGAAACCCUAGAUACAGAUACUGUCAUCCACGGUGAACGCCAAGGUCGAAAGAAAGGUUCUAUUUCGCCCAGUGCCCGUGAAAUGCCGCCUCCUAGCUCCAGUUCAUCAAGAAGAAGCAAAUGGCCUACGUUUGAGGAGCUGGAUCAUUCAGGCAAGUCGCAUUAG